GCACUGCUGUCAUAUCUCCCUGUCCUUAUGUGAUUCACUGACUGUGGGACCUUGACUGGAAAAGGACAACUUUCCAUGGAUUAACAUUUACCUCAAAAUCUAGCCUAAGAAGCCUGAUGGACAUAUCUAUUAGGACUGUUUACACCACAGCCAAACCACACGUUUGCCUGUGGUUAUGGCUUAGCCUUUUCCUGGUUAUAUUUCCAAACAACAGCAGAGGGUUGUCAGACUUGAAAAUAUGUGGAGACCCUGGGUGUGAAAUAUCGAUGUGUCGCGUUCUGGCAACAAAAAACUUUGAAGCUCCAGACUGCCGGUUUCUUAGCUUCAGAAAAGGAGACGUGAUAUUUGUUGAAUACAAACUUGCUGGAAAGAGGGAUGACCUCUGGGCAGGAAGUAAAGACAGGAUGUUUGGAUAUUUUCCAAAAGAUGCCGUCAAAGUUGAUGAGAUUCUUGUGUCAGAGGAAAGGCAAAUGACACUUCCCACAGAGAAGCAUGAUUUCUUCUGUAUGGAUGAAUAUGGCGAAGUCAUUGAAAUUGAUGACUCAGAGGAAUAUGAAGAACAGCACCCUGAAAACGAAGAAGAACUGCAUGGCACUUCAGAAGGCACUGAUAUCCAACCAUCUACUUCAAACAACAAGGACACAGACCAAAUUAUUCCAGAGGAUCUUUCUGAUAAAGUGCCACCAGAGGCUUCAGAACAAGGUGGGUCUUCCUGGAUGGGUUCUGCAGUAACUGGAUGGUUCGAUACAACUGACAAAAGCAAUGCAGACAGUGAUAACCAUGAUGACAACUUAUUUGGGAAUGAUGAAAAACAAGACACAUUCAGGAAACGUAAACUUGCAUUGGAUGACGAACAACUGGAGGAGAAACCGAGCAUGUUUGGGUGGAUUGGGGGAGAACUAACGAAUGUCCUUGGCUAUGGUGAAACGCAAGCUGAAGAGGAUGCAGCCAACACCCAGAAUGCAGAUGGAGAGAGACUGCCUGGAGAGGAAAAGCCUGCAGAAAAUCAGGAGGAACCGUCUGGACAGUAUAGCCCCUGGCUAAAUAUUGGAAUCAGGGAUGUGCUGAAAUUUGGUGGCGGGGAGAAAGAAGAGGUGGACAAACCCAUGGAGGAAAUAAAGGAAAUAGAGACAACAGAAACUACCACUGAUAGUGUAAUUCCAGAGGGAAAUGAAGGUUCACUGGAAAGCCCUCAAGCAUCCAUUGAAGUAAUGCAAAAAGAAGAUAUGAUGAAAGAAGAUGAUGGCUGGUAUGGUGGCAUGUAUAAUAGCUUUGCAGGAUAUUACACAGAGAAGACAAAAGUGGAGCACCCUGAAAAUGAUGUGCCUCUUUCAAAGACUGAGGACUCAGAAAACAUACCUGUUGAGAAGACAAUACGUGACAGAGAUGAGGGUGAGUCACUAAUCUCAAGUGAUGGCUUGUCAUCAGUAUUAGAAAAUGUGAGCUCACAGACAUUUUCUGACAUGGUUAAAGAUAAUGAUGAUAUCCAAAGUAGAGAACAAUCAAACCUAUCACCUCAAGGUGAGUACUUGGUAAAAGAUUAUCUUUCUUCUGAGGGAGAGAAAAUGUCUUUAGAUAUUGACAGGAACAGGAAACAUUCUAGUCUUAAAGGUGUCGAUGACACUGACGAUCAGGAAAUUCCAUCUGAAGAAAAAGAAGAGUCGGUUUUGCCGGUAGAAUCCCAAAUCGAUGACGGGAGGGAUGAGGAACCCCCAUCAGUGAGUGAAACUGAAUCUGAAGAGAAGACAGACCUUAGUGUGCCAUAUGACAAUAAGGAUGAUAUAUUUGAAGUUCCUUCAAGUGAAAAAGAACCUCACCUGUCAGGUAGAAAAUCAAACUAUGAUACGGCAGAUUCAACCGGACAACCUGAUGUGUCAGAUGGUUCACUGCAUGAUUUGGAGAUGUCAGAAAGCACCUCCGAAAAGGCCUCAGAUCCAGUGCAAAGUAAUUUUGUCACUAACAUUACAGAUACAAAGGAAAGAACAAACCUAUCACCUCCAGGUGAGGAGCACUUGGUAAAAGAUGAUCUUUCUUCUGAGGGAGAGAAAAUGUCUUUAGAUAUUGACAGGAACAGGAAACAUUCUAGUCUUAAAGGUGUCGAUGACACUGACGAUCAGGAAAUUCCAUCUGAAGAAAAAGAAGAGUCGUUUUUGCCAGUAGAAUCCCAAAUCGAUGACGGGAGGGAUGAGGAACCCCCAUCAGUGAGUGAAACAGAAUCUGAAGAGAAGUUAGACCUUAGUGUGCCAUACGACAACAAGGAUGAAAUACGGCAUGAUACAGAUGAUGAUACGGCAUAUUCAACCGGACAACCUGAUGUGUCAGAUGAUUCACUGCAUGAUUUGGAGAUGUCAGAGAGCACCUCUGAAAAGGCAUCCGAUCCAGUGCAAAGCAAUUUUGUCACUCACAUUACAGAUACAAAGGAAAUAACAUCAACUGAGUCUGGGUCUACAGAAAUUGAGAAAAGCACGCAGACACUGUCAGAUGAGUCUCUGAAAUUACUUGACAAGUUCUCUUUUAAAAUGGAUAGUACUUCUGAUACUGAAGUGGCCACAUCGGAUCAAGAAAGUGAACAUAACAUAGAACUGGAAAAGGCCUCUGUGAACACACAGGAAUACAGUAAUCAUAUCACAAGUGUGGUGGAAUCAAAUAUCGACAGUGACAAGGAAUUGAUUGCAAAUAAUCAGCGUCCAGAUAGUGACAAGCCAGAAGAAUCAACUAAUUUUAGUUUGCCAGAAGAAUCAACGGAAUUGCUAAGUCUUAUUCAGUCAAAAGAAAGUGAAGAGCCCCAACCAUUAGAUCAAGAUACUGAAAAACACCAAGGGCAAACUUCAUCAUCUGAUUUUCCUCCCAAGACUACAGAUAACAGUGAGCCAAAUCAAAAGACAGCAGAUGAUCAAUUCAAACAUGGUGAUGAGAUCUUGGGAGCUGGGUCAUCGAAAGUACAUAAUGAUGUAACAUCCAAUGAUCUUAUGACAAAUCAGACAAAAGCGAAACAUGAUUAUGAAGCACAAGAGAAAUUGGAAGUGCUAGAUGAAGCUGAUUUAUCAAUAAUGGACAAUAGAAAUGAUGCACAGCAGAAGGUACCUAAUGAAUCUAUGACAGAGCGGAUGCAUACUGAAUGGAGACUCUCAGAUACACUCUCAACACAGUCGUAUGAGGACAUGGCAAGUCAUAACUCUUCUGCUGUAGAAAGUCUGGCAAGAGUUGACCUGGAAUCCUCAGAGAGCAUUAUUGAUGUCCCUGAUGAGUCAGAGACUGCCAGCGACUCGUCACAGACAAACAAUAGAGAACCACUUGCUGAAACGCUCAAGGAAGAUGAAACAGAAUCUGAGACGAUUGAGGCUAGCGGUAAUUCUGACACACCAACACAAAGGCUUGAACAUCACAGUGAGAUAUAUAGGGAUCAUGAAACAGAGUUUCAGUCUGACUCUUCCGUGGAUAAUACCCCCUCUUCUAGAGAUAAAACAGUGAUCGAAGACACACAUAAAGUGCCAGACAUAGCUUCGGAUUCUUAUAUAUCUUUUAAAACUGAUGAGACUGCAACCAUUAGACCCUCACCACACUCCAGAACUAUGACAGAGGAACAAGAUGCAAUGGAAAGUGAGCCUGAGGUUACAAUAUCCAGCCAGAUGGAAGUUCAGGAAAAAGGCAUAAAAGACUCAGAGGCCGACUCAGACAGUACAACAGCAGUAAUGAAUGGGCAUUUAGACUCAGUGAAGCUUGGCGAGGACAACAAUGUCCACCCUCCCCAUGAACAAUCAAUUGAAUAUAUCCAAACAGAGCAUCUUAUCAAGGAAGAUGAGAAGAACACAGGGUGGUUUGGCAGUGUUUAUAAUGGUGUUGCAGGACUUUAUGGUGAGAAAACAAAACCAGACGACACAGGGGAUGUUGUGAGUCCAUCUGACACAGCAGAGACUCCUACACCAGAGGGGAUCCCUAAUGAAGAGGACACAGUGAGUACACAGGAAACUCAAUCGGUGUUCUCAAUUGAUGGCCUGUCAUCAGUAUUUGAGAGCCUCACAUCAAAGCCUCAGACAGACACAGCUGGUGAGCAGGGGAAUGACCAACAUAACGAAGAAUCAUCUCCGGAGAAAUCACUAACAGAUUUGGGAUGUCUUCAAGGGACUUGCACCAGUUCAACCCAAAACGAAAAGGUCGCUUCCAAAGAUGGUGAAAGUGCAGAUGAGCUACAAGACUCAGCCAAUUUGAAGGGUGAAGGAGAACAUGUACAAGAAGAUGUCAAACACACCGUUAUUCAAGAUGAAAGCGUCUCUGUGGAGGAUUCCGCUGUUCGUGAGGACACUGCAGUAUCUGACCAUACUCCAACUGUGCAGGACCAGUAUGAAUUUCUAAAUGGUGAGAGAACAAAGUCAGAUAGGCUCACAGAGGGAGUAUACAAGUCUGUUACCUCCACUGAUAUGGAUGCAGGGCAGACUGCAGUCCUUCUGAAAUGGUUUUUGAAUCAGGUUGUGUCAUCACUUCCUGAUGACCUUAGACCUGGCCCUGACCUGUAUGGGAUGCCAUGGGAGGCAGUCAUUUUCACUGCUCUACUGGGCCUGGGCAUCAUGCUUCUCUUCAGUUGUCGCUUGUACCUCUCUGUGAAAAGCAGACUCUAUGCACGCAGAGAGAGGAGAUUGGGUCAAAAAGUAGCAGAGAUGUUAGAAGAAAAAUGUAAAGUCCUUGAACAAUUGAGCGAGGCAAAAAAAAAGCAUGAGAAAAUGCAAGCCAUCCUACAAAACGGGGGACUAUUAGCUGACAUAGAAGAAAGUCAAAAACUUGAGAGUAUGUCUCGAGAGCUGCAAGAGUCAAACGCCCAGAUGAACAAGGACGUGGAAAGGCUAACUGAGAACCUGAACACACAAAGAUCAAAGCGAAUGCAGGAGGAGCAACAGCUUGGAGAUUUGCAGGCAACAUUGAAGAACUUACAAGGAGACGCCACAGAUUUUAAAUCCCAGAUUGAUCAGGCCAAGACGACGUUGAAAAUUCACAACAUGAACUCCGAAAGACUCGAGAAAAAACUCCAGGCAUCUAUAGAGGAGAAUGUGAUGCUCAAGGAGAGUAAAGAUCAGCUGUCCCAGGAAGCAGAGGGUUGGGGUGAGCGUCUGGCUGAACUGGAAGAGGAGAUGAAUAUGUGUGAGAGCUCCUAUCUCCGCAUGCAGGAGGACUGUGCCAAGAAAGACGACCGUAUCAAGUCACUUACAGAAGUUUUGCUGAAGAUGAAGGACUGGGACUCAGACCUGGAGGACGAGGCUAAUGGUGACAGCGGCCCCACAUCCAUGGGAAGAGAGAACGGUGAUGAAACGGAUCACCAUCGGCAGCAGAAAGUACAGAAGCUCAUCUAUGCUGCCAAGUUGAGUGCAGACCUGAGGUCUCUAGAGGAGGAUAAGAAUAGAGUGGUUGCCAAGCUCUCUGAUGAAAUUAAGGCCAAGGAAGAUCUCCACGAGGGCAUCGAGCAACUGGAGCGGCAGAAGGAGCAGCUGGUGGCAGAGAGCUCCACGUACACCCUCGAGUGUCAGAAACUCCAGCAGAAGCUCGCCAUCAUGACGGAGAUGUACCAUGAGAACGAGCUCAAGCUGCACAGGAUGCUGACUGUUGAGGAACGAGAACGUCUGCAGAAGGAGGAGAAGCUCAACAAAGCUGACAUGAAAAUCUGCUUUGCAGCUGAGGAGCUGAGCAACUACAGAGUUCGAGCUGAGGAGCUGGCGGAGGAACUGGAGAGGACGAACCAAGCCUACAAAAACCAGAUUGCAUCACAUGAAAAGAAGGCUCAUGAUAAUUGGCUGGCUGCUCGUGGUGCUGACCGAGACCUGGGAGACAUCAAGAGAGAAAACGCUCACCUUAGACAGAAGUUGACAGACUAUCAGUUUAAACUGGAGGUCCUGGAGAAGGACCCAUAUGCUCUGGAUGCUCCUGGUCGACCAUUAUUCAGAGGUGAGAGAUCACCAUACGGCCCCUCUCCUCUGGGUCGUCCUGCCUCCGAGACGAGAGCCUUCCUUUCACCUCCCACCCUGAUGGACGGGCCGCCGCGACUCUCGCCUCAGUUUCCCAUGGGCCCCGGCGGCAGAGCGUCCCGCAACCUGGUGGAGCCCCCUGGUGCUGGGGGGGACUUUGAGCGCGGUGGCGGCCCCCACUCAGACAGUGGCUCACUCUCCCCCUCCUGGGAGCGCAGGGGCCCCCCGGGCCCUCUUCCUCCACCAGGCCACCCAUAUCCAGAGUCUGGCCCCCCAUUCCGGAGACCCCCACCAGGGGCCUUCCCCAUGGGCCCUCUCCCUCCCAGGCCCCCCUUCUUUCCCGAGGGAGCUUCUCACAGCUUCGGUUCGGACGUCCAUCCCUCCGACAAGCCCGACUCAUCAUUUGUUGGGAAUGCCUCGGGUAUCAGUGAAGCUGAGGGCCGAGAUGCGAGUGUCAUGUCUGCCCCUGGAGAUAUGAGAAUGCCCCCUGAUGCCGAGAUGAGGAUGGGGCCGCCUGGAAUGGGCCCUCCACCUCCACACCUGGACCCCAGAGACCCCCACUUUCAGCGCAGGGGCCCGUACGGACACCCAGACUUCUUUCCCCCAAGAGGACCUGGCGGUUUACCCAUGGGAAUGCGAGGCCCACCUCCGGGCAUGUUCCCCAGAUACCCACUUCCGCCUCAUAUGGGCUACCCUCCGAUGAGACCCCCACUGGACAGCUUCCCUCCAGGCCCCCACGGCCCCCCACCCAGGCCCUCACCACCUGGCAGCGAGCAGCCCCCAGACCAGACUCCGUCCCCCCAGGAUGCCAUCUGAGCCACCCAGGGCAUACCCCCAUCCCCCACCCCAGGCCCCUGUGUCUGUGGCAGCCUCUUCUUCGCUUCUCCUCCCAGCCAACUGCAAUAUGAGUGGACUAUGAUGAGAACAAAUGGAUGCUCAGUGUUAGGGGUGUGUGUGCGGGGGUGAAUAUUUGUCAACGGAAAAGGAGAAGAGGAAGGUGUUUUAUUGAAAACUGGAGCCUCUCUCUCUCUCUCGCUCUCUCUCUCUCUCUCUCUCAAACCCCCUCCUUUCUACCCUCUUCCUGUGUCUCCUCUGCCCUGUGUUCCACUUCCUGUUGUUUAUCUGCUCAGGGGCUGCUUCCUGUAUAAGCCACGGUUGUCAUGUGAUCACAUUUUUUCUUUUCCUUUCUCCCCUGCCCACUGAAAAAAAGAAAACCUCUUAGUUGUUGACUGCCAAAGAAAAUAAUGACUUGCGGUAUGUCUUGUUCCUCGUAUAGUAGACAAACACACUCUAACUCCAUUUAAAAGUAAGUAUACCCUUUUGAUAAGAGCAUAAGGGUUUGUGAAUGGGAACUAAAAAAAGCUUGGGAAUGGAGAAUGAUGCCUGUGAGAGACUGCCUUUUGUGAGGAAAUCUGAUGCUGGACAACACAUUUUUUAGGUGCCCAGUUUUGUGUUUGUAGUGUCAAAUGCUUUAUAACUGAACCGUAUAGAAGAGAUGAGGUUCACGUAUUUUUGACAUGUAUAUACAGAAAUUGUAAUGAUAUUGUGAAUAAGAGAUUGUAAAUACACAAGACCUAAUCAUCAUCUUGUUUUAACACAGUAACAUUUAAGUCCUGAGGCCAUCUAGGAAUUUUGCGUAUUUAUAGUAACCUAAAUUAAAACAUUUUAUGCCUUAAAAAUGCAGAAUUGUGGCGAAAGGGUGGAUUUUAUCAGUUUGGGAUACAGUUGCCAGUAUAUAAGUAUUUGAGGUGUGCAGAUGGUAUUGUGACUGCAUUGCCUUUUGGGGUAUUGGCAUCGGCCGGGCUAAUAAAAGUUGACUUCAUUGUUAAA